AUGCAUCUUACCACCUCUAUAAGUACCACCACUUCUGGAUGUGACACGCCACAAGAUGUAACGCCAUCUCUAGAUGUGACACCACCUCUAGAUGUGACAACUCUUCAAGAAGUGACACCGCCUCAAGAUGUGACACCGUCUCAAGAUGUGAUACCACCUUUAGAUGUGACACCGCCUCAAGAGGUGACACCGCCUCAAGAUGUGACACCACCUCUAGAUGCCACAUCACCUCUAAAUGUGACACCGCCUCAAGAGGUGACACCGCCUCAAGAUGUGACACCACCUCUAGAUGUGAUACCGCCUUUAGAUGCCACACCACCUCUAGAGGUGACACCUCCUCAAGAAGUGACAACGCCUCAAGAUGUGCUACCGCCUCAAGAUAUGAUACCACCUUUAGAUGUGAUACCACCUUUAGAUGCCACAUCACCUCUAGAUUUGACACCGUCUCAAGAGGUGACACCGCCUCAAGAUGUGACACCACCUCUAGAUGUGACACUUCCUUAG